GAUAAUCCAAAAUCACGUGGUCGUUAAGUCAUUUUAUAAAAAUGAAGGAAUGAAAACCCUGGAAGAGCUGGUUAUCUGGUAAAGCUGAGCUGACGAGUCGUGUUGACCUUCCUUUUUCAUUCUUGGAAGUAUUUUCGUGCAUUGAGAAAAAAAAAAAAAAUGGAGGAUGGAGCUUCUUCAGGUGGUAGAUUCAAGCUCUACGAUCACCUGGAAUUGCAGGAAUUUCAGGACAAGUUUGUGUUCAAAGCCGUUGAAUCCCCCGAUCAAGGUUUCUCGAUCGACCGCCGCGACGGCCACACCCGGCCACUCAAUGGUGAUAAUGAUUCCGAAAGUCCUUCCAAAGUAUCUACAAUUUAUGGGGUGGUUGGAACUAUUAGAUUGCUAGCAGGAAUGUAUGUGCUUGUGAUAACUUCUCGGAAGGACGUCGGGGCUUUUCUUGGUUUUCCGGUUUUUAGAGUUAUGUCUAUGAAGUUCCUCUGCUGCAAUGAGUCUUUGAGGUUUUCAACUUCUCAAGAAAAAAGAGAUGAGGCUUACUUCAGAACUCUUUUGAAAAUGGUGGAAUCGACUCCGGGGUUAUACUAUUCGUACGAGACAGAUAUAACUUUGAACUUACAGAGAAGAUGCAAGUUAGCAGAAGGAUGGAUGAAUAAACCCAUUUGGAAGCAGGCUGACCCUCGAUUUGUUUGGAACAGAAAUCUUUUGGAGGACCUUAUUGAGUCUAAGCUUGAUGGUUUCAUCAUUCCUCUAUUACAAGGAAGCUUCCAGGCCAUACAGCUACAAAUAAAAAGUUCACUACCCACAAUCACGUUAAUUUCAAGGAGGUGUACACGGCGUCUCGGGACAAGGAUGUGGAGAAGAGGAGCUAACCUAGAAGGAGAUACUGCAAAUUUUAUUGAAACUGAACAAUUGCUUGAGGUUGAAGGUUUCAGGUCCUCGUUAUUGCAGAUUCGAGGUUCAAUUCCACUUCUUUGGGAGCAGAUUGUUGAUCUGAGCUAUAAACCUCAACUUAGGAUUAUAAACCAUGAGCAGACGUCAAAUGUUGUGGAGCGCCAUUUUCAUGAUCUUUUGCAAAGAUAUGGAGAAACGGUAGCAGUUGACCUAACUGAUAAGCAUGGUGAUGAGGGCCAAUUAAGUGCAGCAUUUGCUGCUGAAAUGCAUAGGCUGCAAGAUGUGAGAUAUGUGUCAUUUGACUUUCAUCACUACUGUGGCAACUCAAACUUUGAUAACCUAAAUGUUCUCUAUGAUCAAAUCUCAGAGGAUUUUGAAAAGCAAGGAUACUUCCUCAUAGACGCAGAAGGACACAUAGUAGAGGAGCAGAAAGGAGUUAUUAGAGUUAACUGCAUUGAUUGCCUUGAUCGAACAAAUGUCACCCAGAAUUUUCUGGGUCAGAAGUCAUUAAAUGUACAGUUGCAGAGGAUUGGAGUACUUACUCCUACAGAGUGCAUUUCUAUGUUCGCCGAAGAAUAUAGAAAAUUUAGAACAUUGUGGGCCGAGCAAGGUGAUGAGAUAAGCCUUGAAUAUGCUGGGACUCAUGCCCUGAAAGGAGACCUGGUUAGAUAUGGAAAGCAGACGUUUGCAGGACUAAUCAAAGAUGGAAUGAGUGCUCUUUCAAGAUAUUAUUUGAAUAAUUUUCAUGAUGGGGUUCGGCAGGAUGCCGUGGAUCUUAUAAGUGGUCAUUAUACUGUCAACAGAAAUAAUCCUUCACCGUUCCAGCUAAAUGGAUUUGAGUCGCUCUCUUAUCUCCCAAUGGCAUCAGCAGCUUUGUUAAUUGGCGGUUUGACACUGACAUCCUUCACACUUCAACAAGCUGGGCGAAAUGCACAGCAAUUUGUGAACUCUGUACUCUGCGCUGGAGUAGCUGCUGGAGUUGCGGCAGUGGUCAAAGCUAAUGGAAGGCAGUUCUGUUCUAGGCCUCGAUUGUGUGGUCUUCUGUAAAUUAUCCCUAACUAGUUUAUUUUGCGGUUUGAAAAAUUGUACACAAAUGUAUCAGUAGCUUGAGAUUGUUUCAAACCUCGUAAUUUAUUAUAAACAACUUUGAAUAUUUCCGUAUU